ACAGCCCUCGCUCGACCUUCCAUCGGUCUCCUAAGAUUGCGGAUCUGGGCUAAACCCCAAGGGCGAGGGACGCGCCACAAACAACAGCCAUCGACGACCACCAUGUCGACAAGACAGGCUGCACUGUCUCUCUAUCGCCGGUCGUUGAAGCUUGCGCUGGACUGGGCCGUGCAUCGGGACCUCUGGCGCGGCCAGGCACUCUAUAUCCGCUCAUUGUUCGAGAAGAACCGGGAUGUUACCGAUCCCAGAUUACAGCGGGCGCUGCUGAAGGAGACAGAGAAGCUCUUGGAGAAGUGGAAGCAUCCUGAUCCAUACUGCCACCCGACUGCGCCUGGAGGAUCCAAGUACGAGAGAAACCUGCCGGUUCACAAUGUGGAUCCUCCCCCGCCGCUCAAGUUCUGAUGGGAUGGGUGCCCGGAGAUGGUGCUUGGUGGUUGCAUGAUAGAUUUAGUCAUUUUGGGAAUUGGAGCCAUCGACAACACGUAUAUUGCGCCGAUCGUGAUUAAAUCAUGUUGUGAGUUAAAGUUGCGCGUCUCGAUGAUUCGGAGACCACAUUCGGAGACCAGAUUUCCUGAUGAUGUCUUGGGAAUUGAAAACCGGGUUACACUGUACAUAUGACCAAUGCAAGAAGAUGGCACAAAAUGCUGAUGUUCACAAGGUAUUCUCAUUCAUAACCAUGACCAUGCCCAUCAUG